GUGCACGACCACAUCACGGGCGACUGCGUGUGCCAGAAUCCUGGCUAUGGGUUGUUGCACAUGAACGGCCAACUGACGUGCCAGCCGCCAUGCGAAUGGAGUAAGGGUCUGGUGCACAACAAUGAUGGCGAUUGCGUUUGCAACAACCCUGCUUACGAGCUGCUAAAGAUCGACGGAAAGCAGAAAUGCAAGCCUCCAUGCUCCCAGGAGGCUGGUCUGGUGCACAACCACGAAGGUGAUUGCAUUUGCAAAAACCCUGCUUACGAGCUGCUGAAGAUCAACGGGAAGCAGCAGUGCAAGCCUCCAUGCUCCCAUGAGGCCGGCCUGGCGCACGACCAGACCACGGGUGACUGCGUAUGCCUCGAUUCCGGCUAUGAGCUGUUGUCGAUGAACGGCCAACAGGCCUGCAAGCCGCCAUGCGAAGGAAGCAGGGGUCUGGUGCGAGGCGCGGGUGGAGGCUGCAUAUGCAGUGACGCCACAUACGAGCUCCUGUCCAUCAACGGAGAGCAAAUCUGCAAGCCUCCUUGCCCGCAUGGAGCCGGCUUGGUGCACAACAGCGAAGGUGUCUGCGCUUGCAAGGACCCAGAUUACGAGCUGCUGUUGAUCAACGGAGAGCAGCAGUGCAAGCCUCCGUGCUCCGAGGCUGGUCUGGUGCACGACCAGACCACGGGCGACUGCGUGUGCAGCAAUUCCGGGUAUGAGUUGGUGCACAUGAACGGUCAACAGACCUGCAAGCCGCCAUGCGAAGGCAGUAGGGGGCUG